AACCAUUUGAUAUCAAGAUAGAUGAAUACAUAAAAUCACUCGAAAACAUCUUUGACCAAGGACAGGGAACUCAGAAGGAGCGUGUACGAGCACUUCUUGACAAUUAUAGAACGGCAAGUUCCUGGCCGAGUCACAAAACCGAUGCUAGGGUACAGGAGCUUCCUGGGUUCCCUAUAUUUAAGGGAGAAGAUCGCAAAAUUUCUAAAAAUUGGAAGAAAGCACGUAAAUUAGAUAAUGACGAUCACAAAUAUCAGACAAAGAAAACCAGAAGUGGGAGAAAUAUUCCAAAUUACUGUGAACUUUUUGAUGAAACAUCAAUUCCAGAUAUUAGAGUUCAAGAGAGUGAAGAAGAAAAUGUUAUUCGAAAUAAUGAGCAACAGCCUGAAAACAUCUACGAUAAAGAACCGAAGCGUGUAAGUACAACUUCACAGUCAGAUAACGAAUCUGAUGAUCGUGAAGAGUGUCAAGUUUCACAAUCUCUUUACUCUCGGAAUUAUAAUUAUAACAUAUACGGAUUGGAUUGGAAAACAAGAGGUGUUUGGCGUCUAGGUUUGCUUCAAAAAGUUAAGCUACCCUUAUCAAUUGAUAAGUUGCAAAUUAUAGAGAAACUUAUUAUUUCUUUGUUGCGUGUUGAGGAAGCUUUGCAUCGUAUACGAAAGAUCCGUGAUGAAAUAUUAACUGAAAAGGCAAGAUUAUAUCGAAGCCGACGAAUAUCAACAUAUGCCAUGGACUAUUCCAUUUGUGAGCAUGGUCGCAUAGCUC